AUGGUAGACUAUGAGGUCACCGUCUACACUGGUGAUCGAAUUAAUGCUACCACCGUGAACCCCGUGCACAUUAAGUUGGUGGGUACAGAUGGCGAGAGUGACCGCACGUGGCUGAAAUCUUUGAUCAUCUUCAGAGGAGCGGUGUCUACUUAUACCGUUUCCUGCCCAAAAUCCCUUGGACAGCUGGUUCUGAUAGAACUAGACAAACGAAGAUUCCUGAUUCUUCCUGGCGAUGCUUGGUUCCCUAACAAGGUAGAGGUCAAAUCACCCGAGAACAACAUCUACACCUUUCCUAUUUACUGCUGGAUCAAUGACGAGGAGACUCAUCGCUUCAGAGAGGGAAAAGCUUUGAGGAUCUUCGAUGAAAGCAACUCUCUCGGUCAGUACUCAAGGGAGCAAGAGCUGAGCCAGCGAAGCGUAGACUAUGGCUGGGAUCUGUAUGCCCCAGGUGUGCCCUACACCAUUAAGGCAGAUGGUCCUUUGAGCUUGCCGGAUAAGGUCCAGUUUUCCUUUACCAAGAGUACUGAGUUUGCAUUCACAGCGACUACAGGGUUGGUUGAGCUUCAGAUAAAGGGACUAGCUGACAACCAGGAAAACUGGGAAAAUCUUGAUGAUAUCAAUGAUGUGUUCCACAACAAAGACACCCCCUUAUCAGAUUACGUCGAGGAACACUGGGAGGAAGAUUGGUUAUUUGCAUACCAAUAUCUAAAUGGCACUCAUCCCACACUGAUUCAACGUUGCAAAACUCUGCCUGAUAACUUCCCUGUGACUGAUGACAUGAUCUCCAUGCCUGAUGGUUCCAACUUGACUCAGGAGUUGAACCAAGGCAACAUAUACCUCUGUAACUACAAGAACCUGGAUGGAAUGACCGCAAACACGGUCCAAGGAGUUCAGCAGUACUUGAUGGCGCCCCUAGUUCUACUUCACAAAAGACCUGAUGACAAGCUGAUGCCUAUAGCAAUUCAGCUGAAGCAGACUCCGGCAGAGGACAACCCAAUUUUUCUCCCAACUGACUCCAAGUACGACUGGCUGACGGCUAAGAUUUUUGUGAGAAGUGCCGAUUUCUCAGAACACCAACUCAAUGCACAUUUGCUGCGCACUCAUCUACUGGCCGAAGUUUUUGCAGUGUCACUGCUACGCAAUCUGCCCAUGGUGCAUCCCUUGCACAAGCUCCUCGUACCCCACACACGCUAUACUCUGCAGAUAAACGAAUUAGCUAGAGAACGGCUAAUUGGACCAACUGGAGUCUUCACGCUGUUUGCAGCCACUGGUGGAGAAACGUUGCUAAAAGUCUUGGCGCGAUCACUGUCCGCAAUCACUUACAGGUCUCUUUGCAUCCCUGAAGACAUAGCUGAUCGUGACAUGCAGGACGUGCCAAACUUCUACUACAGGGAUGAUGGACUCCAACUGUGGAACAUCAUGUUCAAAUUUGUGCAGGGCAUUAUACAGUACUACUACAAAAGUGACAACGAGGUCCAGCGAGACUCAGAGCUGCAGACGUGGGUAGGGGACAUUUUCGAACACGGAUUCCUUUCUCACCCGCAAUCAGGAAUCCCUCAGAGUUUCACCACUGUGCCAGAGCUGAUCAAGUUUGCCACCAUGGUGAUGUUCACUAGCUCAUGCCAGCAUGCAGCUGUAAACAGCGGACAGUACGACUACGGUGGCUGGAUGCCAAACUGCCCCCCCACUUUGCAGCGUCCUCCUCCGACCAAAAAGGGGACAACAAGCGAGGCCACAAUGUUGCAGACAUUGCCACCUAUCAAUGUGACAGCUCAGGGAAUGGCCACAGUGUGGCUGCUAAGCAGGCAGUCCUCAGACUUUGUCCCUCUCGGACAUUACCCAGAAGACCAUUUCUCCGAAGAGAUCCCCUGUAAGCUGCAAAAGGAUUUCAAAGCUGAACUUGAUAUGCUGUCGAAUGCAAUAAACGACAGAAACAAAGACUUGGAAAUCCCUUACACUUACCUGGAUCCAAAGAACGUAGAGAACAGUGUGGCCAUCUAA